UUUUUUUCCUUGAAUUUUCACAUUUUAUUAUCUCAUGUCCUUGAAAACUGGCAAUGAAAAAUCUUCACUUUUUUCUUGAUUUUGUUGAUGUUUUCUCAAUUACAAAUAUCGUACUAGUGAUCUGAACUUGCUUUUUUUUCUCUUUUCGAAAUGAUUUAUCAAAAUGAGAUAGGACUAGUUUGAAGUGUAGUUGAUUGAUUAAUUGAUUUCAUGAUGUUUUUGGGACCUGAAAUGAUCUCGAAGAAGGUUAUAGAUCCAUGAUUUGUUUUGUUUAUGAACUCUAUGAUUCUGUAUAGUGGAAGGUACUCGAUGAAUGAGUUCGAUUACUUAAUUAGACAAUUGAAUGAAGUUUUGAUCUGGGUAUAAAGUUUUAGAUCCAAAUAUGUUGAUGUUGAAUGAAAUUAUGAGCUUGAAGAAAGUUAAUAGAUCCACGCUGUUGACUGUUUUCAGUUUCUUUUAUUUUGUGGAAUUUACUUGAAUAGUUGACUCUGGAUGAGUAGUUGAUACUUGAAUGAAGUUUAUCUAAGCUUCUGGGUGUUGUAUUUUGGAUCCAAUCUUCAUAAACAGUAAGUGUUUUGCAUUUGAAUGAAUUUUUGGACUUGAAAUGAGUUUGAAGCAAAGAUGGAUCUAGGGUGUAACGAGGGGUUCACCCGUAUCCCCUACACAAUUAGGUAUUUAAAAAAAAAUAUUUAUGUGUGUAUAUAGAUUUUAGAUCUCCGAACAUAAGAUUAAACAUUGGCUAAGUGGUUGAGGAAUUCAAAAUUUACCUUGAAGUUCAGUUUAAAGAUCAUACAAUACAUUUUUAUUUUUCGAACCCCCUUAGUCAAAAUCAUGGAUCCGUCACGGGUUUGAAGAAGGUUAAUUGGUGCUAAUUUUUUUAAAUCUGAAUGUGUACCAAAGGUCCUGGACUGAAUCAGACCAUUAAAUAUUCAUCUAGUUGUAUUUCAUUUUCUCCAUCAUUGAGGUAUCAUAAUCUGGUGUUUAACCGAGACCUGCCUGAUCAUGAUAUUUCAGUUUUUCUGAGCUGUAAUGAGCAAGAUCUUAAAUGUUGUAUCUUUCUUUACUGUCCUAAUGCCCUUAAGUGAUCAUCUUCAAGUUGGCAAUGAAGAUUAUAUGUUUGAGCUUGUGCGUAAUCACCAAUGUUGUGGCAUUUUGUUAGGAUAUAUGAAUGAUUAAAUUCUUUGGAGGUGGUAUACAAUAUUUGUUUAUUGGUGAACAUUCUAAUAUAUCUUCUUCGACUUCACCAAAAUAUAAAAAUUGAUUCCCAUGGUCAACUUCUACUGUUAUUUCUUAGUGUCUUACUACUGAACUUUUGGAUCAGAUUUUCCUUGUCAUAACCAUGGGAUCUUACCUGAACUUCAAGAACUUUGCUGACACAUCACAACCAGAGAGCAGUGGGAAUAAUAGUAAUUUUUCAUUGGCCCGACAAUCUUCCAUAUACUCGUUUACCUUUGAUGAGCUGCAAAGUACCUGUGGACUUGGAAAAGAUUUUGGAUCGAUGAAUAUGGAUGACCUCUUGAAGAACAUUGAAGAGUCUCAAGCGUUUCCAUCUUCUGCUGCUGCAGGGGGUAAUUUGCAGAGACAGGGUUCUUUGACACUGCCUAGGACACUUAGUCAGAGAACUGUAGAUGAAGUAUGGAAAGACUUUCAGAAAGAGAGUGUUAUUGCUAAUGAUGUAAGUGGGACUGGAGGAUCAAACUUUGGGCAGAGGGAAUCUACUUUGGGAGAAAUGACAUUAGAAGAGUUUUUGGUUAGAGCAGGGGCGGUGCGAGAAGAUAUGCAACCAGCUGGAUACUCAAAUGAUGUUACAUUCGCUAGUGGUUUCACUCAACCUAGUAGUAGUGUGACCAUAGCAUUUCAACAAGCAACCCAAAACCCUGGACAUCAAAUUGCAGGGAAUAACAUAUUCAAUGUGGUCAGUACCACCACGUCUUCAACACAGCAGCCUCUUUUUCCCAAACAAACAACUGUGGAAUUUGCAUCACCCUUGCAAUUAGGAGGGAGCCCAGGGACAAGGCCUCCCAUGUCUAAUCCGUCUGCAAAUACUAGUAGUGUCAUGCAGGGUGGUGUUAUGACCAUGCCAGUAAAAGGAGUAUCCCCUGGAAAUAUUGAUACAUCUUCUCUUUCACCUUCACCUUAUGCAUGUGGUGAAGGUGGAAGAGGAAGGAGAUCAUGCACCUCUUUUGAAAAAGUUGUUGAGAGAAGGCGUAAGAGGAUGAUAAAGAACAGGGAGUCUGCGGCCAGAUCAAGGGAUCGGAAACAGGCAUAUACUUUAGAGUUGGAAGCUGAAGUGGCAAAGCUUAAAGAAAUUAAGCAAGAGUUGCAGAAGAAACAGGCUGAAUUUAUCGAGAAGCAGAAAAAACAGUUAUUGGAAAAGAUGAAUGUGCCAUGGGAAAAUAAACUAAUAUGCUUGAGAAGGACAGUGACGGGACCUUGGUAGUCAGUAGAAGAGCAAAUUCCCGAGUAAACGCUUGGAGAAUUGGUAGACAGGAGUUUGAAGUGAAAUAUCUUUUUUAUGUCUUUUUUGUUUCAACAAACAAGUUCGGAGCCUGCUCCUCUACCCUCCUCCCAGCCUGUGAAUUGAAAUAUGUUCUAAUUCACAUCUGUUCGUCACAUGAUAGAUAACUUUAUGUAUAGUACAGGACAGGUGCUGUGUACCUGUACAUUAUGUAAACAAUAUUCUUGCAUAAAGUUUCCUCAUGUGCUUUUUUGUUUGUUUCA